AUGUUUCCUUUUGGAAAGAAGCCCGAGCCGGCGACAGUCGACGCGGAAAACAAUGCGCCUCAAAAAAAGAGCUGGACAAAGACCAUGAUGCCAGUCUUUGCCUGCGGUUCCGGUCUCUUUUCCGAUGGCUACAUCAACAAUGUUAUUGGCUCGGUCAACACCAUCCUCACUCGACAAUACGGCGCCAUCUACACCGAAUCCUCCGCCCACCAGUCCGUCGCCAGCAUCGCCUUUGCCGGCAUCGUCGUCGGCCAGCUGGCCUUUGGCUUCCUCUCCGACCACUGGUCGCGCGCUAACUCGCUGACCCUCUCCACCAUUAUCCUCAUCGUAUUUACCGCCCUCGCCACCGGCUCUUACUGGAAGGACCCGGCUGGCAUGUUUAGCAUGCUGACGGCCUGGCGCUUCUUUGUCGGCGUCGGCAUUGGAGGUGAAUACCCGGCGGGCAGUGUCGGCGCGGCCGAGUCGACGGGCGAGCUCAAGGCGGGCACGCGCCAUCGCUGGUUCAUCCUCUUUACCAAUACCAUGAUCAACGGUGGCUUCGUCAUUGGUGCCUUUAUGCCCUGUGAGUUGCUUUUCACCGCCAAGAUGAAAUACACCUACUUACACGCACCAGUUGUCAUUGCCUCCGGAACCAGCAACCUCGAAGUAAUGUGGCGCUGUGCCCUCGGUGUCGGCGUCAUCUUCCCCCUUGUCCUCUUAUACCUCCGCUUUAAGCUCGAGGAGCCCGAAGACUUCAAGGAGAACCACACGCCCUACCUCCUCGUCUUCAAGUUUUAUGGUUUCCGCCUCUUCUGCGUCUCGCUGAUCUGGUUCCUCUACAACUUCUCCGUCUACGCUUUCGGCAUCUACUCCUCCACCAUCCUAUCCGGCAUCUACGGCAAAGACGCACCGCUCUCCCAGAUCUUUGGCUGGAACACCGUCAUCAACCUGUUCUACCUCCCCGGCUCUAUUCUCGGUGCCUUCAUCUCCGACUGGAUCGGUCCUAAGCGCGCCCUUGCCUUUGGUGUCUUGGCGCAGGCCCUCGUCGGCUUCAUCAUGGCCGGUGUGUACGCCAAUAUAUCCAAGAACAUUGCCGCCUUUGCCAUUGUCUACGGCAUCUUCCUCUCCCUCGGCGAAAUUGGUCCCGGCAACAACAUUGGUCUUUUGGCCGCCAAGACGUGCGCCACGGGUGUCCGCGGACGCUACUAUGGCAUCGCCGCCGCCGUCGGCAAGAUUGGCGCCUUUGUCGGCACCUGGGUCUUUCCUCUUAUUAGCAAGGCCGGCGGCAACAAUACCGAGUCGGCCCAGUACCCAUUCUGGGUCGCGUCCAGCCUGUGCGUUUUGUCAGCCAUCAUUACGCUGACUUUGGUGCCUACAGUCGGCCAGGAAACCAUCUCAAACGAGGACGAGCGCUUCCGCGCCUACCUCGAGAGUAUGGGCUGGGAUACAACGCAGCUUGGUCUAGGAAGCUCCAACAAGACCGAAACUAUAGUUAUAGAAAAUACAGAUAAGAAAUAG